CUUCUUGUGAGUGAAUGCAGCCUCCAGCAAUAAAGAAAACCCAGGCAACCUGAUGAUGCAGCUGGACCACCUUCUUACCCUGCUCAGCACUAUAGCCUCUGGGCUCUUACUUCUCCAUCCAGGCCAAGCCCAGGACUCUGCCAGCCCCAUCCGGACCACACAUACAGGACAGGUCCAGGGCAGACUCCUGCAUGUGAAUGAUAGCAACGUGGGAGUCUACAUCUUCCUGGGAAUUCCCUUUGCAAAGCCACCUGUAGGACUGCUGCGCUUUGCACCUCCAGAGUCCCCAGAACCCUGGAAUGGUGUAAGGAAUGGAACUUCCUAUCCUGCCAGGUGUCUUCAAAAUGAUAUAAUGAAUGCAGGAGCUCUGAUGCUGUUCACUCAGAACCUGCCUCCCAUCCCAAUAUCCGAGGACUGCUUGUACCUCAACAUCUACACACCUGCCUAUGCCAGUGAGGGUUCUAAUCUGCCAGUGAUGGUAUGGAUACACGGAGGUGCAUUAAUUGGAGGUUCAGCUUCCGAGUUUGAUGGAUCCAAACUGGUUGCUUCUGAGGACGUGAUAGUUGUCACUAUCCAGUACCGUCUGGGUGUCCUAGGCUUCUUCAGCACUGGAGACCAGCAUGCCACUGGCAACUGGGGCUACCUGGACCAAGUGGCCGCCCUACGCUGGGUACAACAGAAUAUCUUCCACUUUGGAGGUAACCCUGACCAUGUCACCAUUUUUGGCCAGUCUGCUGGUGGCACAAGUGUGUCUUCCCUCGUCGUGUCCCCAUUGUCCCAAGGACUGUUUCGUGGUGCCAUCAUGGAGAGUGGGACAGCUGUAGCACCCGGCCUGUUCACCAACUCCUCUAAGGCUGUCACUGAGAAGGUGGCCAACCUGUCUGGCUGUGGGCAGGUAGACUCAGAAACUCUGGUGAGGUGCCUGCGAGGCAAGAGUGAAGACGAAAUGCUGGCCAUUGCCAAGACCUUUGAGAUCAUUGCUGGUGUAGUAGAUGGGGUUUUCCUGCCCAGACACCCACAGGAACUGCUCGCCUCUGCUGAUUUUCGACCUGUUCCCAGCAUCAUUGGUAUCACUAAUGAUGAGUAUGGCUGGGGUCUCCCCAUGAUGCAGUGUUCCCCAGGCCUGCAGGACAUGGAUAGAGCAACCCUAAAGACUGUUCUGCAGACCAUGUCAGCAGAGAUGAAUCUGCCUUCUAAGUUUGGAGACUUGGUGAUGGAAGAGUACAUGGGAGACAACGAGGACCCCCAGACCCUGAAAAUCCAGUUCCAUGAGAUGAUUGGGGACUUCAUCUUCGUGAUGCCUGCACUCCAAAUAGCACAUUUUCAGCGUUCCCAUGGCACUGUCUACUUCUAUGAAUUCCAGUAUCCUCCAAGCUUCUUCAAAAACAUCAGACCAUCCUAUGUAAAGGCUGACCAUGGUGAUGAGAUAUUCUUUAUAUUUGGAUCUUUCAUGAUGCUCACCGAAGACCAUGGUGUCCAGCAUGAGUACACAGGAUUGGAGAAGUUUCAAAGUCAUAGCUAUUGCUUGAAUGACUCUCCCAUGUCAGAAGUAAGAAGGGCAGGAAUGACCCUGGGGUCAUUUCAGCUGGCAGAUGCUGACGUUUGGAAGGACAUGUUGGAUAAGUUCACCGAGGAGGAAAAGCUGUUGAGCAGGAGGAUGAUGAAGUAUUGGGCCAACUUUGCCAAAAAUGGGAACCCCAGUGGUGAGGACCUGCCCUACUGGCCUCUAUUGGAUGAUGAGGAGCAGUACCUGCAGCUGAAUCUCUCACCUUCCGUGGGCCGUGCCCUGAAGGCUAAUAGGCUGAAGUUCUGGACAGAGACGCUGCCUCGUGAGUUGGGGGCUGCCCAGGCAAACCAGGCAAGUCCCCGGUGGGCUUUGUGCUCCAGUCUGCUAUUGUUAUCAUUGAGUCUGUAUACAUUGUGAGGACCAUUGCCACAUCAUCAUUGUGGAUCUGCCAAGAGGGUAAUUUGGGGGGUAUUAUUUUCUAGUAUGAUUUGGAUUUAGAAGAUCCACACAUAUCUAGCAGAAGAGAGUCCUGUCCCUGGUCUCCCUGAGAGAUUUUUGGUCCAGGGAAUCAGCCUCAUGCAUUUCAGAAUUCUCUUUGCAUUCUUCUGACUUGCUGAUGAUCUCUCACUAAUUUCUGUUAUAAUGAGAUUAAUUUUCUUUGUUCCCUCAUUGUUGACCCUUAACUUGGGCUCCUUCAAUAAAAAUGUGUCAUGCA